AUGAUGAAGAAGAAAGCCUCCAACCGCCGACAUCGGACAUUGUGGGCAUUCACCGUCGUUACUGUGGUGUACUUUGGACACUAUGUGCUUUUUCUGUCUCGCCUGACACCUCGAUUCCAAAGAUUCUUGGAUACAACAAUCAAUAAUGGCAUGCUCGACCUUCCCGCAAUCGCUGCCAAAACAGGGACGUAUGAUUCGCCCUCUCCAAGAACAACCGGCUUUGUCAGCUGUCUCUGCAAUAGCAGUGAUCGAGAGUCUGUACUCCAGGUUCUGGCAUUGGCUCAAUCACUACAAAGUUGGAGGGACGAAGAAAGAGGAUGGGUGUUGGAGAUUUAUCACAAUGGCCAAUUGAGUCGAUUUUUGCAGGCUCACUUGGAAUCCCAAUAUGCGUCUUUUGUGACGGUGAUUGACCUCUCAUGGUACUACGAGGCCACCAGUGACGACAACCUCUGUCUCGCUCAAGCGCUAAAGACAGCCUCUUUGAAGCAUGCGUUGGUCGUCCCAUCGUCCAUUCAAUUUCUACAAAGUCCAAAAUCAAUAUUGCUCGGAUUGCAAGAACAACACUCACAGCAUCAGGCAUGCCAAAAGGAAGAAUGCCGUACUUGUGUCACGUUGGCAACUUCUGGCACCAAUACACAAAUGGAUCCUUCAGAUCUCGUAGACGACAAAAUAUGUCAAGUCCCACUCGCUUCUGUUUUCACAAAGACGGACACUGUCCAUCAUGCCUCUCUCAGCAAGUCCACGCAGAUUGGUACUACGCACUCCAGCAAUAAUAGAAUGGUCUGGAUGGAAUAUUCUACCCAAUUCCUUCAAUGGUAUUCAGUCAAUGAUUACAGCGAGGAAACAAUCACAACAACGACAAUUGACGGCAGCAUUUCUUCCAACGACAAUCAAAUCCUUCAAAAGCACUUGCAGCAACACCAGACACAGAUGAGGCAAGCAAGACGACUGAUACUCAUGGAUCGACCCAUCGAAUGGGUAGCCUUUGACACGGGAUUCCACGUCGGGAAAAGUGCGACGCUCAACACGCUCCAAGCUGCCAACCAAUCUCUGCAAGCCGGAACCAAAAUGCUCAACAUUGAUAUUGGUCUUACCAGCGAUUUCCAAUUGGUGGCCGUCCACAAUGACAAGAGUAUUACUCCUGCCGAUUUUGCCGAUAGCAAAUUGAAAACGUCCAUCUUUCAAAUGCCGGCAAAACAAGCCGUCAAGUUGAUCAGUCCCUGUCUUCCAAGAGACAUUGUCACGUCCAGCUUGUUGCCUGGCAAUCCCUACCAACCUUAUCACUGUCAACCCGAACCGGUGGCCUUUGUAUCGGAUUUUGUCCGACUCGUCCAGGAACACGACAGCAAACAUCGCCAGAAGGAACCAACAGAGAUCAUUUUGGAUUUGAAAGCACCACAGGUGGCACUGCAAAUACAACAAGCUCGAAUAUUGGCCAAGGACAUUGUUCCAUCUUUACGAGGUCAAACAGUGGCUGUGCGAUUCUUUUCGGUCUUCCAAGAAGAAGAUAGACUUGCUGCCACUGUGUUUCCGCAAGAAGCAUUGCAAGCAUUACGAACGGACAGCGAGUUGCGGGGCAUUGGAUAUUAUGUGAAUGUUCCGUCCAAACUGGCGUGCCACCAAAUAGGGUAUUGGAUCCAGAAUCAGACAGGCUUUAUCAACCAAAACAUUCGUGGCUGUUUUGUGAUUCAGAAGCAUGAAAACAUUGCAGCCAGCUGGAGGGAAUUCACCAAAGAAAACAGUAUCAACAGGUUCGAAAGACCCCGGAUGCAAACUGAUAUGCGAAUGGAAUCGCAACAACGGCUCAAAUAUAUUUGUGAUGUGCCCCGUAAGCAAUCCUUUGUUAACCCAUCCUUGUGGGCCAAAGAGUAUGUGCGCUGCGUGGAAGAUGGAUUUGACUACAUCCACGACCCCUUUCCGCCUCCAUCGUCCGUACUAGAAGCUGCCAUGGAAGAACAGGAACAGUCGCCCAGACCCAUAUCAAGUAUUCAAGAUUUUGGCACUUUGGCUCGACGGAUCAUCCAACGCCACCUGCAACGCAAUCAGACGAACCCUAGAGGAAACCCGCAGUUGAUUCAUUGGGGUUUUGGCACUGCCACCGAUGAAAUUGAGUACCAGUGGUUCGCGGGGUCGCAGAUGAUCAAGCAAAGCGAUGGAACAACAUUACUCACCAAAGAAAAUCGCAACAUGCGCUGCAUAACCAAAGUUCUUUCCGUCAUGCUAUUUCUCAAGUUUCAAGAGAUGGGCUACCUGAAUAUCAACGACAAGAUAGUCGAUGGAGACAACAAUACGCACCCAAUGACAUUCCGACACGUUUUCUCCAACGUGGGUGGAUCCAAUGGCACCAUCAUUGGAAAGAACUUCCGUUACACUAAUGAUCUGUGGUACUUGAUCCCUGGCGCCUUCGAACGCAUCACCGGGAUGAAGUUCGUAGAUUGCGUGAAGGAGUAUGUGAUUGAGCCAAUGGGCUUGACCGGACAGUAUGACGCCACCAAUAAGACUAUGCCGCCUCUUGCUGGUCGGGGCUACAAUGGGCACCCAACAGAUAUAGCUGUGAUUGGAGCGACCCUGGCAGCGUCUGGUAUCUCCCCCAAGACUCGGAAACAAGUUGUAUCGCCAGAAAGUGUCCAACUUAUGCUGCAAGAUACCAUCUCUACUCCUAACUUGACCGAGUCCUUCAAUAGAGACAAGAUUGUCCUUGAAAUGGACCGGCUCUACAACCAAACGGGUCUGUUUCCGAAUGGCUUCUGCAACGGGUACGGGAUGGGCGUAUGGCUCGUCGAUGGUUGGCGACAUACAGCACAAGGGCUGCCCAUCGAGGCAUACCUAUCACAAGGUUCCGGUAUGGUGUAUAGUGAUACGACGGGGUUGGUCAUUUCGUUCAGACCAAACGGCAUCUUUACGGUUUUCAAUGUAAGAUCCUUUGUCAAAAUUGUGCGGGACAUUGGAAAUGCAAUCCUCGACUUCGGUCCUGGAACCACUGUGUCUCCUCCUCAAGAGCAAACUGGUCCUGCAUCUCCUCCUCAAGAGCAAACUACGCGGCGACCGUCACCAUCCACGAUGCGCACCCGGACGGGCCGACAUUCUACUCUUUUGUCGGCGGCUCAUCUCGCUGGAUUAACGAACCGUGUCAGAGACCAAGAUGAUGGCACUGGAUCAACGAACAUUGUCAGAAACCAAGAGGGGAAAAGGGAAGACCUGGACCGGGAAGAGAAGAAGAAAGACAGCAAAAGAGCGGAUGCGAGGAAGAAGACAAAGAACAAGAAGAAAGAAAACUAG